AUGUCGACUACUCUUUUCAAUGUCAAAAUAUUUGAGCCCGAAGGCACUGCAAAGUCCACGAAUUGUAUUAGUGUCGAAGAGGAGAUCACCAAUGAUGUUCCUCUCUCAACUAUCCGAGAUCACCUUGUAAAAGACAAAAAGCUUGACUCAGACAAGGCGAGGCUUGCUUUCUGCACGAAGGAUGGUGCUCGCAUGGUCGACGGCACCAAGUUCGGUGUCUAUCAACGUCUUAUCAAGGGUCCCGCUAAAAAGAAGACCACAAAGAAAGAAGGGGAUAAAGUUGAGGGGGCGACAGGUGGUGCAGAGAGCACGGAUGUAGCAAAAGCCGAGGAUAAAGAUGAUGAAGAAGAGGAGUCUUCGAAAAUGAAGGUCUACGAUAUCUACCUCGAGGCCCCAAAAACGAAAAAGAAGAAAAUGACGGAGCUCAGCGAGUCUACGAAGGAACUCCUCAACAGCAAGCUGGAUAUGGACUUGGUGAAAAAUCAACCAGCACUCAUUGCAGCCACUCUGAAGGAGCUUUCGAGUACCUAUAAGCAUGAAAGUUUCAAGGCCCUUGCAAGUGGCGAGGUUGUCACCGGGGCGACAAUGUCAGAAAAAGACUGGACAAUUGUUCUCCGAAACACCAAUUUCUUGAAUGGCCAGAGAAUCGUCUUUUCUAGGAACACCAAUGGCUCUCGCACUUUCCAAAGAAUCGAUAGGGCUCCGUUCUCAGCCUUUAAAAUUAAGGCGAGGCAUAUCGACUCCCUCGAUGUAGCGGAUUCUUCGAUUGUAGUCAAGCAAGAAUAUAGAAUUCCAAUCUAUGUUACGAACGACGAGUCCUAUGUCAACGUAUUCGAGACUGCCAGCGCCCUGUCCGACAGCAUGGCUUCUAGUUCAUUCUCACAAAGAGAUAUCGAAGCGUCCGCUGGAGGAGGGCUUUUCGGCGCUAGUCUCUCCGUCAAGGGUGGCUUUAGUGACAGCGAGAGCAAGGCCCUAGCUAGGUCAUCUUCCAGCUCUACGAGGUCUAUGAAUAUCACAUACAACUUCCCACGGGCUAUCUUGCAUUUGGAUCCGCGAGGUCUAGAAUUAACUAAAGAAUGCGCCAAAGACUUGAACAAAGUCCACGAUGCGGACUCCUUGGUCCAAUUUCACCAUGAUUAUGGUCACUUCUUUGCAGGAAAUGUGCAACUCGGAGGAAGACUUUUCGCCUCUGAACACUUCUCCUCCGAGGAGGAAGGGUCUUCUACUAAGACUGCAAACGCUAUGAAGUGGUCUGCUGCUGCCUCAUUCUCUUAUGGCUCUUUUUCGGCUUCGGGGAGCUAUAGCAAGGAAAAAAGCUCAGUCGAUACAACUGAGAAUAAAUCAAGCUCGAUGAGCAGCCAACUCUCUUGGGAAGCACAAGGUGGAGAUACUAUAUUGUGUAAUAAUCCACCUGCUUGGUGCCCUUCUGUUAAGCCAUUCCAGAACUGGAGAGUCAUCAACCAAAAAGACGUUAUGCCCAUUGGCAAUUUCAUCGGACAGUUCCAACAAUGGAAGCACAUCCCUGAUAAGUUCGCGGGCAUAAUGAAAGGCUCUAUAAAGAGGGUUCCUUGCAAGUUUAGAUUGAAAGCGAACAAUGUCCCGGGUGCCAAUGAUGAGUAUUACGGGUUGCGAAAGAAUAAGGACAGGGAGCGACUUUUCUAUGUAUGGGAUAAAUAUAGCGACGAGUUAAAAGAAAACGCAGAUGGUUGGAAGGAAAAAGAAUUAGUCUCCGAGCAUGUCGCGGCACUGAAAAGUCGCAUGAAGGAGGAUUCUUUUACAGUUGGCUGGGAGGAAUAUGUGGGAAUCGAUGUUUUUAAUAAUGGCUGUAGCUUCGAAGUCGAAGUGGAGACCGUCCUUGGGAGAGCACCACGGUUGGAAUUGAAUGUUCCAUACCGUAUCUACAAUCGUGCCUUCAAUAUGUAUCUGGCUGCAGAUGAUCACGGAUCUUGGAGAGGCCGCUACUUUGCGUACUGCUUCUACUGCAAGGAGAACCGGGCUUCAAAUUGGGUUUUCAGAAUCCACGGAGACCGGGCAAAGACCGGGGUUAUCGAGGACGGUCAAGAGGUCGAGUUGACAUUGCUCGAUGAUAAUGAUCAACCUGUUGGAUUCGUGCAGAGAUUCACUGGAGAUAUGAGCACACUUUUGGUGAGCCACUAUGGUGUCGAGGAUGGGCUAGAUAAGACUACAAGGCAUGAUGCUCAUUUAAUCUAUGAGCAAUCUUGA